AUGAAUUCAAGCUCGCAACUUCAUGGAUUUUGUGAUGCAUCAAGUCACGCCUAUGGUGCUGUGGUGUAUCUUCGGACUGUAGAUUCAAAAGGUCAUACAACUGACUCCUUGAUCAUGGGAAAAACCAAAGUUGCGCCUCUUAAGCAGCUUAACAUCCAUCGCUUGGAACUCCAAGCUGCACUGUUGCUUGCUCAGCUUAUCAAGGCUCUAAGAGAGGUCCGUAUCUUCCAGAACGUCCCAGUUCAAUGUUGGACUGACUCAAGCAUCACGUUGUCUUGGCUGAGUAAACAUGCUUCUACAUGGAAACUGUUCGUCUCGAAUCGGGUAGCAGAAGUCCACGAGCUGCUCCCUAAUCAUAAAUGGAGGCAUGUACCAACUGACAGCAACCCAGCCGAUCUAGCUUCACGAGGAGUCGAAGCUGCAACUUUGGUGGGAUGUGAUUUGUGGUGGACUGGUCCUCAUUGGCUUAGCCUAACCUCUGAUGCUUGGCCCAAUACUUUUCCUGACCUUUCGACGGAAGCAGAUAGUGAAGCAAAGGCUGUGACUCAUCAUGCAACUCGGCAUCAAGAAUUGCCAUUAGAACGAAUUGCCUCAAAAUUCUCUUCAUGGGAAAAGGCGGUUCAAGUUACUGCUUAUCUACUACGGUAUAUCAAAAACUUGAAGUCUAGAUUGACUCAUGAUCAGUCAGUUAUCAAUCAAAAUUCUUCUAUCGAGUUAAAUCUUACCGCACAAGAGUUAUUCAAUGCAAAGGUGGCGUUAUUUAGACAUGUGCAAGAAGAAACGUUAGCCUCUGAAAUUCAUGAUGUAAAAGGUGGACAGUGUGUGUCUUCUAAAAGCAAGGUCUGUUUAUUAAAUCCGUUCUGUGAUAAUAAUACCGGAUUACUCCGUGUUGGGGGACGAUCGAGCCAGUCUCAGUUGCCAUAUGACUCUCAACAUCCAAUCAUUCUUUUGGCACAUCCUCUGGUAUCUGCCUUGAUUCGAUCCACGCUUAUUCGCUGUCUGCAUGGAGCCCAAAUCGACUGUCUCAAUGACAACGCCAGCAACAGUUGGUCGAAACCUUUUGGAAACAUUGGUCCCAAGACUAUCUCCAGUCCUUACAACAUCGCACCAAAUGGCGUCUCCCUCAAAUUAAGAUAA